UGUUUGUUGACGACAGAAGGGCCUUCGUUGUAAAGGCUGAUAGCAAGAUAUGGCUCACUUUCCUUCUGGCUGCUUUUUCAGGAGUCUUACAUUGGUGUCACAUAACAACUCUUUUUGAAAAUGACCGUCAUUUUUCUCACCUCUCAGCGCUGGAAAGAGAAAUGGCUUUUCGCACAGAAAUGGGUCUUUAUUAUUCCUACUUCAAGAUCAUUAUUGAGGCACCGUCGUUUUGGAAUGGAGUAUGGGCAAUUAUGAAUGACAAACUGACUGAAUAUCCGUUAGUGAUUAACACCUUACAGAGGUUCAAUCUUUACCCAGAGGUGGUCCUUGCCAGCUGGUACCGCAUAUAUACUGCCUUUAUGGAUUUCCUUGGUGUACCGACAAAGACAUGUUGGACUGUAAACAGAGGCAAAGGGCUUAGUCCUGUUGAAAGCUGUGAGGGGUUGGGAGACCCUGCUUCCUUUUACGUUGCUGUGAUUUUUCUUUUGAAUGGAUUAAUGAUGUCACUGUUCUUCAUAUAUGGUACAUACCUCAGUGGGAGCCGUCUAGGAGGCCUUGUUACUGUGAUAUGUUUCUUUUUCAACCAUGGAGAGGGCACUCGUGUCAUGUGGACUCCACCUCUUCGAGAAAGUUUCUCAUACCCAUUCCUUGUGCUUCAGAUGUUGCUUUUGACCUAUAUUCUCAGGAUUCCGAAUAUUAAUACAGGAAGCUUGAUUGCACUGUGUGUUUCUAAUAUCUUUUUCAUGCUUUUCUGGCAGUUUGCUCAGUUUGUUCUUCUAACACAGAUAGCUUCAUUAUUUGCUGUGUGUAUUAUGGGUUAUAUUGACUCCUGCAAAUUACAGAAGAUACUCACUGCUCAUAUGGUAUCUCUUGUAGUGUGUUUUAUUCUGAUGUUUGGUAAUUCAAUGUUAUUGACAUCAUAUUAUGCUGCAUCUUUAGUAGUUAUCUGGGGAAUUCUUGAAUUGAGUCCAAAAGUCUUGAAAAGCAGCAGAAGAGAAGUAUAUCUAUGGGUCAUUGAAGGAUGUGCCUGGUUAUUUGGGACAGUCACCCUGAAAUACCUAACUUCUUUAGUGGUCGGAACAGCUGAUGAUGCUCAUAUAGGAAAUAUAUUAAAAUCUAAAUUCAUUGGCUACAAGGAUUUUCAUACGUUGAUGUAUACCUGUGCUGCAGAGUUUGACUUCAUGGAAAAAGAGACUCCAGUAAGAUACACAAAGACUCUGCUAUUACCAGUUGUUCUGGUGGUUUUUGGGGUAAUCAUCAAAAGGGCAAUUAAAUACAUUAGGUGGGCCUUAUUUCAGGCGGGCAAAUGUGAAAGAGAGGACCGGUUUAACCAUGGUGAGCUGGUGUACCAUGCAUUGCAGCUGUUGGCGUACAGUGUCCUAGCCAUUUUAAUCAUGAGAUUAAAACUGUUUUUGACGCCACAUCUAUGUGUUAUGGCUUCCUUAGUGUGUUCAAAGCAGUUGUUCGGGUGGCUCUUCUGUAAAAUCCAGCCCAAAACGUUGGUCUUUGCUAUUUUAGCAUUGAUGGCAAUUGAGGGAUCAGCAAACCUUCAAACUCAGUGGAACAUCAUGGGAGAAUUUAGCAAUUUGCCACAGGAGGAACUUUUAGAGUGGAUAAAAGUCAGUACCAGACAAGAUGCAGUUUUUGCAGGAGCAAUGCCUACAAUGGCAAGUGUUAAAUUGUCUACACUUCGCCCUAUUGUAAAUCACCCUCACUAUGAAGAUGCAGGAUUAAGGGCCAGAACUAAAGUAGUGUAUUCCAUGUACAGUCGAAAACCUGCAAAUGAAGUAAAGAGUGAAUUGAUAAAACUAGGAGUGAAUUACUACAUUCUGGAAGAGUCAUUGUGCGUAAGCAGAAAAAAACCUGGUUGCAGUAUGCCUGAAAUCUGGGAUGUCGAAGAUCCUGCUAAUAGCGGUAAAAUUCCAUUAUGUACCCUUAUGAGCAAGGAUUCUAGACCAUAUUUCAUCACAGUGUUUGAAAACAGCAAUUACAGAGUCUUGAAGAUUCCAAAGGAAUAACAUUUCAAUGCAAAGAACCGUCAGUCCUUCAACUUUUUGAACUAGCAACUAUAAAAUUCUAAAUCAGAAAUACCUUUUCUACUAGACUUAAAAUGGAAAAAUGUGUGUUUUAUUUUUUACCAUUUUAAGUGAAUUCUGGUUAUAGAAAUGUCUUAAACCUAACAGUUUGGAUUUCUAUUUCAGGGUCAGUCCCUUGAGAUUUGCUAUGCAAAUGAUUAUAUGUUUGCACGUUUUAUUUUAACACUGAUCCAAAAAGAGUUAAAAGUAGCUAUGGAAAGUAACUCCAUUCUCAAAACCAAUGAUAUUUUGAAAUGAGAUUGUCAGAAUGUCUUGGCAAAGCAAGUUUGUUUAAAGCUUUGGUGCUAGCAGCUAGGAACAAAGGAAUGGUGCUACAGCAUCUGGCAUCCCAUUUCUCAUGUCACUUGCAUUAUUCAUCUCCCUUCUAAACAAGGUGAUACUACAAAUUCUCUUAAAAGUCACGUAGUUUCACUAGUCAAGUCAGAGAAAUAAUUUUUUUCUUUGAGAGGGUUAAGAACAUUCAUAAUUUUGGAUCACUUAACACAUGCUUUUAAGUUUGCUUUUGAAAUGGAAAAGUUUGUAGGGAGACUCGAAACUUCCUAAUUUAGGUGCAUGUUCUUGGAAUCUUACUGAUAUUAAAAAAGAAGACUAAUAAGGGUAAUAUUUGCUGUGAG